UUAUAGUGGAUUAUGGUAUUAUACUGAAGGUCUCUGCAGAAUCAAUCUCUUCUGCAGAGUCUAGUUUAUUGAGAUAUGGGUUUGGGAACACAAUUUGGAAUGGAUACAGAGGCUGCUUUUGCUGUAAGGUUCCGUGGAGCAGAAAAGCCCUAAUACACUUGGGACGGAAUCGAAUCAGGGUUUCAACUUUUCCCUUUUCUCCUUUUCCCUUUCGGAGUAAGGCUGCCAAACUCCGACCUAUAUAAAUGUGGAUGAAGUUAAUAAUUUUUGAGAAAUAAGAAUGGAAGGAGAUCCUUACUUUGGCAAAUUGCCAGCGGAGCUGCUGGGCAAGAUCGCCGCCGUGCUGCCGCUGGAUAAGGCGGCGAGGACCAGCGUCCUCUCCCGGCGAUGGCGGAGUCAGUGGAGGUCGGAGUUGCCGAACACUCACUUCGCUGGCAACAGCACCACCAAGUUCGUGCCCGGCGGUAACCCAGUCUCGUACUUCGACACCGUGGGUGAAUUCCUGAGCUGGGUCGAUCAGGUCAUCCGCCGGCGAGAGCGCUUCCCUCUCCGCCGCCCGGGUCAGCCGUUCCGCUCCGCCGGAAGGACUUUUCGAUCGACUCGCUGGAGCUGAAUUUCGAACCGGAGGAUCCCGAUUGCGGAUGGAUCGAAUUCAACAUGGACAGGUACAAAACGAGGGCGCCGUUGGUGGACGGCGCCUGCACGGCUGCACCUGCUGCCGCUUCAGAGUCGUGUCUUUUCUAAGCCGGCGCCGGCAGCCACUGCCGCCGCGCGGCGACGGACUCUCCCUGAGCAGGGUUUUGUCGGGGAAAAGCCGGGCGGAACUGCUCAAACACUUGACCCUGCGGAACUGCGACAUGGACAUUCUCAGGGCCCAAUUCCAAUUCACCAGCCCACGCCGCGGAAGCUUUGAGUAAGAUGAUUAAACUGUCAAGAGGAUCCUAGUAUGAGUAAUACUAGAUUUGGGCUCGCCAGUUGGGCGAAUAUAUUUUGUAAAUAGCA